AUGGAUGCACCUGCGUCACUUCAAAAAGAUGUAGAAAUUAAUAAUUUGUGUAGUUUGUUUGUAAAAAUAGAAAACGCCUUUCCAAUAAGUGAGAAACAGAAGAGUUCAAUUAUUAAAUACACUCGUUUGCCUGAAUGCGAUUUCAGUACCAUAGAAAAAUGGCCCAAGAACAGUUAUGCCUUAGAACCCAGGUUGCGGCGUAUUAUUUCAAUUGAAGAGCCUCUAAUAGGAUCUACUAGGUCAUUAAAAACAGAGAUGGCUAGUAUUCCAAAGAUGGCAUCAACAGGUUACUCAAAAAGGAAAAUUGUAACAAUUGAUGAAGAUGACGAAAACAGUCUUCAUCCCAAAUUUUCUCGAGAGAUAAAAAGUUCAUAUACCAAAGUGGUAAACAGAGCUUUAGAAACAAAGGAUCUUAAGCAGUCAUCUCAGAGAAGUACAUCAAGAUUAAUUAAUUCAACAAAAUAUUCCCAAGAUGUAAAGCAAAGUAAUAAAGCAAGCCCUACAAAUAAUACUAGAAGGAAUGUCACUGUAUCUUCUUCUAGGAAUAAACAAGCUAAAGAAAAUGACCCCAUAUUUAAAGGCAAAGAAUCUUCCCGAAAUACUAAAACUAUCAAUGCAUCGUCUAAGACUCUUGUUGGUAAAAAAAUACAUUCAACGGAUAGUGGUAAAGAAAUCCAAAUAAUCAGGAACAAAAUAAAACAAGACUCUAAAAGUCCUCCACCCAAAAAGAUAGCAUCAAAAGAAAAAUGUAAUAAAAUACCUCUUGAAUUUGGACGACUGAAGAAUAAUUUGUUAAGAGAAUUAAGUGAUAGAAAAAAACAAGUGAAUGUCAUUCAUGUCCCCUUAGAAAAAGACUAUGAAAAUUAUGAUUUAACAAGUCAAAUAUCAAAAAUUGAAAGUGAAAUAAAUACAAAAAUGGUUGACAGCAGUACUGAUGUAGAAGACUUAAAAGUAUUGUGUGAUAUAAACGUUGGGACAGAAUCUGUAGAAAAAGUUAAUGAAAUAACAACAACUGUAACAAAUUUCAAUGAGUCGACUUGCACAGCAACAGAAAAUAAGGAUUAUAACACAUUUGAUAAUCUUCAAAUACCAAAUGUUACUUUAAUCAAAGAUAAAUAUGAAAAACCCAAAGAAAACUUAGUCAGUUUUUGUAGUCAGUCAUUACCUAAUUUAAUAGUUCCAUCAUUUAGUGUGACAUCCAUUGAUAAAGACAAUGCACAUGAACAGCCUAUUGGUAAAAGUUCAUAUAUUAUCAGUAGAGCAACAUUAACAUAUACAACAGAACAGAAAAUUGAUAUUCACAUGGUUGAAAACAAUAUUGAUAUGAAUAGCCCACCAAACACAGACAACUACCCUAUGAAUGUAAUGUCUGUUUAUAAAAAGGAAUUAAAAGAACAACAAACACAUAUAAAUAAAAAGAAUAAUAAAAAUGCAAAAGCUGAAAAUUUACAAGCCACUACAGGACCACUGAAACGAAUAAUAAAACCUUCAGAAAUAAUUAGCUCAAUAAAUACUAAAUUACUCCAAAAUGACUACAUUAAUGAACAAUUUCAGCGAGAAUUAAAUUUUAUUGAUUCAUUUUUUGAGUCUUUACAAUAUUUAGAAAAUUACUCUUUCUCUGAUAAAAGAUUAAGUCAAUGUAAUGUAGAAAAAAUGGUCAAUAACACAGGCGAUUUAAAGAAAUGGGAAUAUGAUUCAUUUUUCUCUAAAUUUGAUCAUUCACAUGUCGAUGAUAGUGAAACAAUAGCUUCGAAGAGUCUUUGUCUGCUCAAUUUACUCAUACGCGAUGAGCAACGACGAGCAAAGAAUUUCCUAUUCGUGCUGAAAAUGCGCGAAGAUGCUUUGAAAGAUUUCACCAAAUCCCAGAUAUUGUGGUUAGAAAAUCGUAAAAAGCAAGAUAAUACAGACAUAUCUACAUUAAAGAAAAAACAAAGAGGUGCAUUACUCAAACUUCAACACGAGUGUGGUGAAAUGCAACGUAUGCGCAAGGCGUUGUUGACACUGUCAGAAAAGCGGAAGAUUGCGCUCAUGAAAACCAAAAGAAAUAUUGAAUUAAAAUUCAGAAAACAAGUGGAUGUGGAACAAAUAUUGGAGAAGCGGAAAUUAAAGAGAAGUAUAUCGGCUGAGAGAUAUACAGCGCCAUUGAAAUGUUUUGACCUAUCAAGUAGUGGGUGUGAGGAGAGUUCAACGUCAAGACCAAAAUCUGUAACUCCUCUAUGCGUUCUGAAGCCUGUCAUAAAUCCACAAAGUGCAGAAAAAAGCAUUCAAACUGGUGACAGUAUUUUAUCUGCAACAACACAAACUAGCACUGCUGAAGAGAAUUUUGUUGUUGUUGAUGGAGGCUAUCUAAAUAUUUUGUUUCAUAACUUGACCUUACCUGAAAUUUUUAGUAGUUCAAAACAAUAUGAAGUAAAUGAGGAAGCACUGAAGAAUAUAGUCACAACAACGAAUAACAAAGUAAAUGAUAAAGGUGACGCUAUAAAGAAUUUCAUGGAUCAUGUUAAAAGUCAUGUAUCCGAUACUUCUAGUCCAUCAACAGCUCGAAGUUUAGUGGAAGAGUUUGACCAGUACUAUAAAGGACUUCAUUUAGAAGAAAUAGUUGAAUCAAGCAAUGUUGAUAUUCAUGAAGUCAAAGAUGUUGGUACCCAAAUUGUUGAAGAGUGGAUUGAACCGCUACAGGUUAACAGUGAAAUCAGUGAUAAUCACGUUUAUGAAUCAGUUGAGCCCCAUAUGGUGUCAGUUGAAACUCAGUGUAUAAGAGGAAGGGACGAUUUAAUUGGUGGCAGAUCAGUGGCCGGCCCUUUACCAGUACCUGCAGGUGAAGCGGCAGUCACUGAAAAAGAUCCAGAUCUAACUAUAUGGCCCGAACAGAAAACUUCAUCUACAUCCACUUCACCGGACGAAAAUAGCAGCGUCGAUUUUCCUGAUGUCUACUCUUGUCCAGCGGCCGUCAUCACUCCUGCUCAGAACGAGGCAGAUGAAUUGCGAAGACAGCAGCUUGCAAUAGAGAAAGAGAUCAAGGCAUUAGAACAACAACAGUGUCGAUUACUCGUACGGGAAAUACCGGACAAGCCGCCACCACCAUAUACUCCGCCAGCAGCAACACGCGCUCCCAAGCCUAAAAAGUUUACAUUAGAUGAGGCAAGCAAAGAAAAAGUCCAAAAAUAUUUAGAGAAAGAAGACGCCUUCGAUAACGUAGAUCCAUUCGAUGCGUUCCUCAAAGAUUAUUGCCAAGAGAAUCUCGAACAUGAGAAGAAGGAACAAGGUGACAAAUUUUGGGACACAUGCCAUGAUUUGCCGAAGAAACGUGUGGACGCUAAAAAAUCUGCCAGUAUUUUGACGGCAGAACUUACGGAAGUUCUGACUGGAGUGAGAGCUACAGUUGUUUCCGGUGUGGGUGCGCGAAGAUCGGAUCACAUAGACGACAUAUUGUUUGCUGAAUGGCGCCGGUGCGAACCCGAGUGGACUUCCCUUCACACAGACGAAGUUAUCGUUAAAAAUCAAAUAUUUGAGAGCAUUUUUCAAAAGAUUCUUACAGAAACAGUGGACGAGUAUAAAAAAUCGACAAUUGUUAAACGCGUUGAUAAAUUUUAA